AUCAGGGCUAGUGACUGACUGACACUGCUGCAAAAACAGUCAGUCAGCAAAAUACAAACAGGUAAUAGAUACAGAGACAGUGUAACAGCAUGUCCAAAGCGGCUGAAGAAGACACAGUGUGGAUCGGGUUCAUGGACAUCGUUCCGGUCAUCGGGACGGUAAAAGAGGCAGUGGAGCUGGUGUUGGCUCUGUAUGAAGGGAAUAAAGCUGUGAUAAAGGAGAAAGAGAAGGCCGUUGAAAACAUUGUGAAAGAGUCAUUAAAAAAACAUGUGAAGGAAAAACAUGUGAAAAAGUUGACUAAAUCAGGAGCUUUUCUAGUUGAUAAACCAGCAGCAGCUGCAGAUGAAUUUUCUGGACUCAGAAAUGUGAAAGAGGUCAGAAAGGAAAUGAUUAUUGAACAUAUGGUCAGAGGUUCCAAAAGGGGAACAAAACCUCCAACUUCAGUUCAACAGCAAGAAAGACAGAAAAGAGUGGAGGCUAUUAAUAAAGACAUGUUAGAAAAGAUCCAUAUCCUCAAUCAAAACUUCGCUAAGCAGCUGAAGGAAGAACUGGGAAGGUCACAAAGAGGCGAACAUGUCUUCAACAAUGACAUUCUUAGAUUUCAUUUCAAAGUGCUGACUGAGUUUAUACAAAGCCAUCAUAUUGAUAAUCUACGAGGAUAUAAUCGGCAGGCGAUGGAUACAUUAGGCAGACACACACUUCCCCAAAACACAGAAACAGAUAUUCAGACAAACAUGGUGGUUCACUUUGGUCAGGAUGAAUUCUACAUGAAUGCAAAUGCAGUGAUGUAUGGUGAAUAUUGCAGAGCACUGCGUGGUGCUUUGUUAGAUGUGCUGCGCCACAUAAACCCAGGUGACGUGGAAGAUGAGGAGAGACAAAGGGUGAAUUUUGUCAUAGAAAAUAUGAAUAACCUUGAAAUCUAUGUGGACCAACUGGCAAAGGUCAGGUGGAUUGGCAAUAAUGCGACUAGACAGGCCCGGUUUGAACAGGUAAGACAGGAAGUUGCGACCAUGUAUAACACAGAUCGUGGGUUAAACUGGUGCAUUCACAUUCUGGAUGUAGUUGCACCUUUGUAUGGACAGUGAGUUAAUUUCUCCUGUUCGGGGUGGCCAGGUUUCCUUUCAAAAUUUCCAUCUCAGCUACAUCCUAAAUCCCACAGACCUGAAACUGGCUCAAAGUUUGGACACUGGAAGAAACAAAAGGUUCACUGUGGUGCACAAACAUUUGUAUAUUUGCAAUGUUUCCAACACACUUAGGGUCAGAGUUUUGUCAUCCAUUGCCUGUUACACCUGUUAUCCUCUCCGUAAUCAUGUUUUUCUCUCCCAACCUGUUCAGAAAUGGCUUCAUACAUUUUCCAUACAUUACACUUUCCCUUUGUCUGCCAUAGCCCAGUGGGUUUUUGGGAAAUGUAUUAGCUUUAAUUCUGAUUAUUUACUUUUAAACAAGAUCUUGGCCUUUGGUUGGUUUUUUUUUUUUUUUUUUUUUUUUUUUUUACUUUCCCACACCCCCAAAAAACCCCACCCAUGGGCUUGUUUUUUCUACCAUAACAACGUUCCAAAACUGAAAACUCUGACUUUGGCAACCCUCCUCAAAAUGAUCCAUUUUACUCAAAAAGAAAAUGCUAAUUUCCAACAUAAAGAUUCAUGCACUCAGCUACAUGUCUGUAACUAAAAUUUAAAGCUGAGCCUAAUAACAAGUGGAAGUUUAGUUGUUAUUAAAAUGACUGUGUGUGUACAUGUGAAGCAGAACAGGGAUGUUGGAGGCAUCUCAAAUCCUCCAUCUCCUUUUAUUCCCUCCAUCGUCGUUGUUAUAACCACCAGAUGGAGGAUUCAUGAUCAUGUGUAGAGACUUUAGAGCUCUGUAGUAUUGCUCUAAAAUUAAAAAAAACACUUAUGUAAUUUAACAGAACAGGAGGAUUAAUGAUUAUCAUCCAGCCAUCAGGGCUUUUAAUGCAGCACUUAUUCUCUAAAGACUCUAAAUAUGAUUGAGCUUUGAGAAAAACAUGUUUGGAUAUGUAGGUAUUAUACGAGUUUAUUUUACAGAUGUAUACAUUAUUAUUUGACUUUAUAGCACAGUUUGUAGCUUUUUACACAUACAUUCUUGCUGUUAUUGUAAACUUUCUUCAGUUUUCAGAUGAUUCAUGCUGAUGAUUGAAUUAUGAUAUUUUACCAUUUACUGUAAUUAUCUGAUUACGGUUACCAACAAAUUUUGUUUAGCUAAUCUCAUUGAGACCUGUUGCAUUAAAUGGUUUCUAAUGCAAAAUUCCUGGAAAGCAUGCUGAGCUGCAUUUACAUUUAUGGGACAAGUUCCAUGGAAAUAUGUUUAAAAUAAAAUAAAGUGAUUACUAACAA